UCCCUCUCCCUCUCUAACCAGUCCCCCUCUCUCCGUCUUUUUGAGUUUUUUUUUGUUUCUUCUGGGUACGGACUGAUCAAACCCUUUUUUUUGUUCCCAGAAAAGCCUGCUAAAUCCGAAGAGUGCAUUCAAAGCUUCUCCUUCUGAUUUAUGAAUCUCUUUCUCUCUUUAUAUUGAAGCAGCAAAUCAAAGCUAGUUUCACUACUUUUUCCCUUGAUGUCUGCACCUUUUUUCACCAGAUUCUGAUUCCAUCACCAAAACCCACCUUCUACAAAAAGUGUUUCAAAUUCAGACUCUCUAACCAUAUUUGCUAACGAAUUCUUCGGCACCUGAACUUUUGUUUUUUUAUCAGAUUUUGAUUCUGAUUCCUUUACCUUUUGGCCUAAUUUUAGGCCUCCGCGUAUAGAUACAGUUCUCUCUAGCAAGAGAGAUGUUAAAUUGUGGCCGUCGCGACUCCGACGGUGAUACGAGUUUGGAGACCGCAAAUUCCGGAAGUAGCCAUAGUUCAAUGAGCAGUGAGAGCUGUAGCAGUUUCAGCCGCAUCUCCUUCGACCUCCCGACUUGCCGGUCCUCGCCGGAGAAUCUCACGAUCAAGCCUCACCGCUCCUCCGACUUCGCAUACUCCGCCAUCCGCUCCGCCACUUUCGGCCGGAAGUCUGGCCUCAGCUUCCGUGACUUCCGUCUUCUCCGCCGCAUCGGGUCCGGCGACAUUGGAACGGUCUACCUCUGCCGGUUGUCAAAUGAUCAUGGAUGUGACGGAGGAAGAGUGGAUGACCGGUGUUCCUACGCGAUGAAGGUUGUGGAUAAAGAGGUUCUGGCGGUGAAAAAGAAGGUGCAUAGAGCGGAGAUGGAGAGGAAGAUUUUGAAAAUGUUGGAUCAUCCAUUUUUGCCUACUUUGUACGCGGAGUUCGAGGCUUCACAUUUCUCGUGUAUUGUCAUGGAAUACUGUUGCGGCGGCGAUUUGCAUUCUUUGAGACAUCGACAGCCUCGCAAACGCUUCUCUUUGUACUCUGCAAGGUUUUACGCUGCAGAGGUUCUUGUAGCGUUAGAGUACCUUCACAUGCUGGGAAUCAUCUACAGAGAUUUAAAGCCGGAAAACGUGUUAGUAAGAUCAGACGGCCACAUCAUGCUCUCUGAUUUUGAUCUGUCGCUCUGCUCAGACGCAAUCCCAGCCGUAGAAUCAUCCGCGUCGUCACCGGAUCCAGCCUCCCCUUCGAACUUAACCUACAACCGACCGCACGGUACCGCAAGCAGGUUUUCUCGCCUCCGUAACAGGCUGUUCCCGUCUAAGAAAGUCCAGAACGUGACCCCCAACAGACUCUUCGUGGCCGAGCCGGUUGCAGCGAAGUCUUCCUCCUUCGUUGGGACCCACGAGUAUGUGUCCCCAGAAGUCGCCUCCGGUGGGUCCCACGGAAAUGCCGUUGACUGGUGGUCUCUGGGGAUUUUCAUGUAUGAAUUGAUCUACGGCGGGACACCGUUUGCGGCUGCAUCGAACGAGAUGACGCUGCGUAACAUCGUGAAGAAACCCUUGACUUUUCCUACUCACGCACCGUCGUCAGCGCUCGAGUCCCACGCGCGAGACUUGAUAUCGGGAUUGUUGAACAAGGAUCCGAAUAUCCGACUCGGGUCGAAGCGCGGAUCCGCUGAGGUUAAAACCCACCCGUUUUUUAAAGGGCUUAACUUUGCUCUAAUACGGAUGGUUACUCCCCCAGAAAUCCCAGGUUUGAGUUUAAAAAAGCAAACGACGAGUUUUUACCACGGUAACGGUAAGGGACAAUCAACAGCGUUCGAUUACUUUUAGGAGUUGACCUACGCCUGGGUUGACGCCACGUGUCGGUCGUUACAGACGUGAAUAUUCGAGAUGUCCUUAGGGUUUUUUUUUUUUUCACUGUUUUAUGUUUAGGUAACAUAUGGUGGUUAAAUAUCUUGAAUAUAAUAU